GAAAUGAAAAUGGAUGGAAAUACAAACCGUGUGUUACCAAAUCACGUUCUGCUUUCAACUUAAGCUUCAAGAUCUGUAUGAGAACCUUCAGUUCUUCAGCGUCACACUUGUCCCGGUUUGUUCCCUGUUUAUCUUCGCUAGGCCACACUCCUACAAAGAACUCAGGCCAUGCUCAUCUCCGUACCCUGGGUUGGCUUCCAGCCUCACAGGAAGGAGAUUGCAGUAUUUGGGCUGGAGUGCUCAGCUUCAAGACUUCACUUUGCUCUUCACACCAUGGAGGGAUAUGAAGCCCGUUGGAAAAGUGCUUUGUGCGACAGCGUUUGUAAUUGCGUUCCUUGCUGUCUGCCGGGAAGAUUCCUUUAAGCCAGGGAAAAUCCCCACUCCCUUCACCACUUCUUACUCUGCUGCCAAGUUUGCCCUGGAUGGAUUCUUCAGCUCGCUGCGCCACGAGCUCUCCAUGCAGAACAUCUCAGUCACACUCUGUAUCCUGGGCCUGAUCAACACCGAAUGGGCCUUGGAGAGCACCAGGGGGAAGGUGUCUCUUCCUGCUUCUCCUGCUCCCGAUGCGGCGCUCGCCAUCAUCCAGGGAGGAGCCAUGUGUGCGAUGGAGGUUUACUACCCAGGCUGGCUGUACUCUGUGUGCUGCCUCGGGGUGCUCUUCCCGUGACCCCUUUCUGCAGCGCUUGUACAAUCCUUAGGGAGGCCCAGCUCCUCUCCCAUCCCUUCUAAUCCCAUUCCUGUCCCGGUGGUGGCAAACUACAAUUAAACCCAGGCCUAGAGUGUGGAGCU